AUGUCUGAAUCUAUUAUCGAGCUGUUUCUAAAAGACUACGAGUCCCAUCUUUCCUUUUAUGUUGGUCUUGCCUCCUACGCCGAGACCCGAUGCCGCAAAGCCCUAGUGGAGAGUGGCAUCCCCGCGAUCGUCACCGCGCGGGCCAAAAGUCCAGAACGACUGUUGGCUAAGAUUCGCCAGAGGGACGCUGCGAAAAAUUACCAGUCUGCGGAAGACAUUCUCCAUGAUCUUGUGGACCUUGUGGGGGUGCGAAUUGCACUCUACUUCCCUGAUCAGGAGAGCCAAAUCGAGGUUAUCCUACGCAGAUUAUUCGAAGUUAAGGAGGUGAAGCGGCACGACAAGACCCUUGUCCCUGUUCCAAACGUCGCAGUUCAAUCCGACGCUCUCCAGUGGUCUACAGUGCCAGCUGAGGGUCCGUAUGCGCCGCGGUUCCAUGGAUACAGGGCCACGCAUUUCCGCGUCAAAGCCCGAGACGAGGACUUCAGCGGGCCCGACGACAACACCGCCCGUCGCCAGCAAACCAUGAUCGAAGUCCAGGUGGCCUCGUUGCUCAUGCACGCCUGGUCAGAGGUUAAUCACGACCUCGCGUACAAGACACUGAACGGUCAGCUCUCCGUGGACGAGCUCCGCGUGCUGGAUGGGAUUAAUGGGCUCGUGCUCACUGGCGAGGUCCUACUCAGCCAGCUCAAAGUCUCUGUGGAAGCUCGUAUCGCGGUCCAGAAACGGCCAUUCUCGAAUUACUUCGAGCUCGGCGCCUUUGUACAGCGAUACGCUCCUUAUCAUCCCGCCGGGCCCGGUGGCGAAUACCGCAUGGGCUCACUCUCCUGGCUGCUGUAUGUGACGCGGCAUCUGGGUAUCAAUUAUCCUGAGGCGCUGGGGGAGCGAUUAGGACGUUGGUCGGCGGAGCCUGCGAAUCUGAUGAACUACCCCUUGGUCCAAUCGAUUCUGGACUUCAUAUUUGCCGAGUGGAAUGCACGUGCUCCGCCAACUCUGGAGCGCCCGCUCCUUCAGCCUGCGUUGAAUGACAAGUUCCAGUCGGGGAUGCCAGCGCUUGAACAGAAAUUGAAAGUGUACUGUCAUAUCCUGGCGUACGCAUGCGAGGCAAAGCCGCUGCUGCCUGAUGGUGGUGAUGGGGCCGUUAUAUGUCUUCCUUCGGCGUACCAGUGGCUUAAUGACGCUGGUUACCUCGUUCCUGACGCGCAAUUCAAUUUUCUGUCUGGUGAGCAGUUAGAAGAGACUCAGCGGUGCAUUAGGGAGCUGUGGGAUUGGUUUGUGAAUAGCUCGAGGGCGCGGGCUCGUGUUCCGUUUGGAAUUGCGCGGGCCAGGGUUGGGAAUAAGCGCCAAUAA